AUGAAGCUUAUUGUCGCCGGGGCCACCGGUUUCGUCGGAACCGAGGUUAUCCGCCAGGCGCUCUCGCACCCGGGAGUGACCUCGAUCCUGGCGCUGGCACGACGGACAACGCCCGUACCGGCCAACGCUGGUCCUGGAGCUGAUGCCAGCAAGCUGCAGUCGGUUGUCUGUGAUGAUUUUGAGAACUAUUCGGAUUCGGUUAAGCAGCAGCUGUCGGGGGCUGAUGCAUGCGUGUGGCUUAUCGCCGUCACUCCCUCACAGCUCAGGUCCAUGCCGUGGGAAGAGGCUCGCAAGAUCUGCUACGACUACACGGUCAAGGGCCUCGAGACCAUCGGCAAGCUGUCGCCGGCGUCUGGCAAGCCGCUACGCUUCGUGUACACGAGCGGCGCCAACAGCGAGCGGGACCCCAGCAAGAAGCCUUUUAUACUAGGUGACUACUGUGUGAUGCGGGGCGAAACGGAAAACUUUGUGCUCAAAUACGCCAAAGACUCCAACGGCGCUGUCGACGCCACAGUGGCCAAGCCAGGGCUGAUUGACGCACCCGGAAAAUGGGGGAUUGCAAUGCGGGUUCUGUCGACGAUUGGACGCAGCAUUAUUGGACUGCCCAAGGUCGAGCUGACCGAGAUUGCGGCGACGCUUAUCGAUCAGGCGGUCAAUGGGAUUGAGAAGGAUACGCUGCUGAAUGAGGAUUUGGUUCGGAUUGGGCAGAAGGUUUCGGGGGAGAGCGAGUGA